AUGGAUAAUUGAAAAUAAACAACAUGGUGGACACGUUGCGGAUGUGAACGUUUUCUCAAUUUGUAUUGAAUAUUUUUAAAGAGAAAAAAAAACUCGGGCAUUUAUUAAAGCAAUGGCUAAUCAUUCUACUAAAAAAUCCUCUAAAACCACCGUCGAAGAUGCACAUGCUGGUCAAUCGCUGCUGUCUAAAGCAUUUACUCCAGAAUUCCAAUGGACAGAUAAAGUAGUAAUUUUUAAUUAUUAAUAUUAAUAGUAAUACUAGUAAUAAGUAAUAGUAACUAAUUUUUCUUUAGGUUUUUUGGACUAACUAUAAGAAUUGGGUAGUAAUAUAUAAAUCAAUCACUGCAGCUCUACAGUCCAUGUAAGGCUAAGGCCUGCCUCACACUCACAACUUCUUUCCACUCACACAACAGUAACUGAUACCUACACGACUACGAAGCUAACUUAUACUUAUACUUUUGUUUUUUCAUGCUUGGAUUCCAGCUGCUACUCUCAACACUGUAGAUGAUCAUUUUACACAUCAUCUAAGCCUAUUUAUUUUGAGUCAUUUUCCUCUGGGGUUUGGUAAAGCAAUGGAGACUACAAACAUUUUUAUAUGGGAAAUGGGCGUUGGGGCAGGAAAAUACGAGUUUGAAUUUUUUUAUAUUGGUGGGUGCUCAUUUAUAAAAAUUAUUUUAUUAUAUCCCACAUGAGGAGAUGCUGAUUUCCCAUUGAGCGCCUCCCCAGGUGGCAGAUAGGGGAAAGCCCACCAGAUAUAGCGGGUACCGGGGAAAUAAAAUACAAGAGGAGGACUGAAAUCAGUACCUAUGCUACUGCCUUGUGGGAAGUGGGGGGAUCCACAAAGGCCAGGGACCUGACCCAAUUCAUAGGCAGGUACCGUGAGAGCUGCGUCCCCCAGAUGGUUGUGCGCAGGGCUCCUGUCACGUAAAAAUUAAAUGUUACAAAAGCUAAGCCUCAUACACAAGUAGACAUAGAAGAGUUGGAAAAAGAAAGAGAUGUAAGGAGAAUGUAACUGAAGAUAAAACAGGAAAAGAACGACUUUCAAGCAAUAUCUAACAUGUGCAAAAGUAUGGGUGGAGAACUGAUCACAGAGCGCAGUAGGAUAUUAGAGAGAUGGGCACAACACUUUGAAUGGAUGCUAAAUGGCUAAAGUGCUGGGUGGCCAAGUGGUCUAAACUGUCUACAACCAAAUAGCUGGUUAUCUGAAGUUCAAUCCCCACCAAAGUCAACAUCCCAAGAACCCUGGGUGGAUGGGACUUGUAAGCCUUGGAUGGCAACCCAUCUAAGAUAAGACAAACUCUGAAUUUAAACCAGGAGCCAGAAUGAUCAACAAAUGUUUUGAUCGUGGGCCCCUUAAAGUAUAAGAGUAAGAAAUGACUCAGGUGGAGAUGCCAAUGAGGAUUAAGAUCUAUCACAAGUUCCAUUGGUCAACCAAAACUGAAUGAAAUGAAAGAUGUGAUAUUUACCAUUAAAAAAUUACAAAACAGCAGGAAUAGACCUUAUCUGUGCAGACCUGAAUUAAACUAGGUGGAAACAAACUGCAUAGCCAAAUACAUAACCUCCUAUCCAGAAUCUGGCAGGAGGAAGAAAUGCAAAUAGAAUGGAACACUGCACUCAUAAUGCCAAAUCACUAAAAAAGGAUCUAAGUUGGUGUGCUCAAACUAUAAUAAUUGAAGGCCUGCAUCCAAGCUAUUUGAAUGAAUUAGUAGAACAAGAUAUUUUGAAGCGUGAAUCAAAAGACAGAAAACGGAAGUCCACCUGGACACCACCCUCGAAACAAUAGAAAAAUGUCAAUUUCUACAUUAGUAGUUAGUAGUACUAAUCAUGAUCUCAAUAAUCUCUUUCUCCCUAAACUUCACCAUGCCAACCUUUCUAAACAGGAAUCUCAAGUGCUCUCUGCGUUACGUAAACGUAACGACAUUGUGAUAAAAUGUGCUGAUAAAGGUGGUGCUGUCGUAGUUGGAGAUAAAAACUUAUACAUUAAAUAGCCGAAUGAACAAUUAAAGGAUAAAAGAUUCUAUAAGCCUAUCAAGAAUAACCCUGUUCACAAUAAUGAAAUUGUGCAUCAAACAAUAAACAACUCAUUGACAAAUCAGCAGUUCCAAAAUCCGCCUCUACAGUACACAUUUUUAAUAGUGACCUUGUCAAACCUUCCUUCUAUUUGCCUAAGAUUCACAAAGCGGGCAACCGGGGAUGACCUAUUGUCUCAGCCUGCGCUGAUCCACUGAACACAUUUCAGAAUUUCUAGAUGGGGAUUUUCAGCACUUUGUUACCUCUUUACCCACUUACAUUAAAGACACCAACCACGCUUAAAAACAUUUAAUUUCUUAAACAUUAUCACUGAUACAAAACAUUGUUUUCACUUGAUGUCUGCUUCUUAUAUUUAUACACAUCAAUUUCACAUGCUGACGAUCUUAGGGCUUUUAGAUUUUUCCUUGAAAAUAUAAUACACUCCUCUAUCCCUGCUGACACUAUUACCAGUUUGGCUGAACUGGUACCAAUCCUCAAUUACUUUGAAUUUAAUGGGCAUUUCUUUGACCAAAUUAGUGGCAUAGCCAUGGGCACAAAAAUGACAAAGAUACCUCAAAAUAAACAAUCCAAAAAGCGAAUUCAGCUAACAACUUUAUUACUUAUAUGACGAAACAUGCAUUUUGUCUGUUAAACAUCACUAUAUUGGAAAUUGCCUUUUAUUAUCAAGUCAUGGGCAAAGAUUAUCAUGAGUGUGAAUGAUAAAUAAAAAAAAUCUUAAAUAUGGUAAUCUAUAAACUUUAUUUAUUUAAAGAUUUAAUCUUUUAAAAGAUCCAUUUCAAGUAAGAGGAUCAGGGUUAGAAUAAGCGUUUAUUAUCCACUUGUGUACCAGUAAUUAACAGUAGAAAAAUUGAGGAAAUUUAAAAAAAAUUAAAAUUGUUAGACAUUCAAAUCAAAAUUAUUGGUUCCCUCUAGUGAUUUAAAAAAUAUUUAUGGCCUCUAGACAAGAAGAUUGAUUUUGUUAACUAUGUCCCAAUAGUCAUUUCCCUUUCUUAAAUCAAAUUCUGUCAAUUUAUUUGGCAGUGUUAGUGUAGGUGUAUGUCACUGAAAUGUGAAUUUCAAAUAUUGCAAAAUCCACAGCCUAUCCUAUAUAUUGUAGGCCUACCCUUAUAGUGUAAAGCUUUUUAACAAACUUUUGAAACUUUUUGCUUAUAUUUAUAUAUUUUCAGGAUGAAUUUUUGGAUGUCAUUUAUUGGAUCAGGCAAAUUUUAGGUCUUAUGCUGGGGCUUGUUUGGGGAAUAAUUCCUUUAAAAGGAUUCAUCGGCCUAGCUUUGUAAGUUUUUCCAUAAUGCAUUUUUAUCAACCAAGAUUUGAGUUUGGACAAUAUUGAAUAAGCUAAUGUGAUAUCGAUCUCAUAUUAACUCAGGCUUGAUUUCAUUCAAGUUGGAGUACACCCAUGAAACCUAUUCAUAGUUCUAUUCUAUCCUGAUACAGAUUAGAUAGUACUGGUUUGCAUUUACCUUUUCUUUUCACUACUCCUACCCUAGCUUUUCAUUCCUUACAAAAACUAUGUUAUUUCCUAAAAAAUGUAAUUAAAAGGCACAUGGGAGAUGAGAGUGUCCUCAUUUAAUGUUAAAGCCUCUUCAUCAGAGGGUCAGGAGUCAAAUGCAUUUAUUUUUACAUUUAUUUUUUUAUCUUUGUUAUGAAAACGAUUAUCCCUUUCUGAUAUAACAAAACAAUGUUGGAAUUUAAUAAUUCUAAACAAAAGCAUACAAAAUUGUAUUCAAUUAAAUAAACAAUUUUUGAUUUUAAAAAAACAACUUUGCAUUUAAAAAUUAAGUUGCCGAUCAAAAUUGAAAAAUAUGGACUAACCAAUGUCCAUUCUGAUAAAACUUUUUCAGUCUUUGCCAUCUGUAAUGAUAAAACCUAAAUUGAAUAUAUUUUCUAUUUGUCUAUAUAAUUGCUAUCCACCGGAGAAGAGAGAUAAUAGUUCAUCUUUUUUUUAGAAAUGUCUUUUGAGAAAGUGCAUUUUGUUAAAAAUUAAUGAAAAGAAAUUCACCCAGUGCAGCAUGUGGUUUUAUAUGGCUGCUUUGCUGGUACUAGAAUAGCUAUAAUAUUAUUAAGGCAGCUAAAUCUGAUAAUUGGUUCAAUGAGGAUUUUUAAAACCGAUACCUUGAUGCUAAAAAAUCCCCACAAUAUUAACAUUCCUAAUGAGAUUAAAACUUGAAAUAUUAUAUUUCUGCAGAUUUCUUCUUGUCAAUGUUGCCAUAGUGUACAUUUAUUACAAUAGUUUCCAAAAAGUUGACGAGGAGGAAUAUGGAGGUGCUUCUGAGAUUUUGAAAGAGGGCCUCAUGACAUCAUUCUCAUCAUUCUUGGUAACUUUACUAUAUUCUCACUUUAAUUCUUUAUUGAUUCUUUAAAGGAUAAUAAAUGGCUUAAAAUAGCUGUUUUUCAGUACGGUACUGAAAUAAGUAGGGCACAGGCAGACUGUAUCACGAGUCUCAAACUCGCAGGCCAGAUGUGGCUCUCCAAGCUGUAUCCUGUGGCCUGCAAAAUGAUGUGUGAUUCACACAGUAAUAAAUGUAAGCACUUAAUAUUGAGUGGUUGUUAAGCAGCCCUAAGAGCACACAAUUAUUCUCAGUCUAGUAGUGGGAGUGUUAGUUUUUAUCACAAACUUGAAACAGCUAAAGCAAUAAAUGGCAGUUUUAAAAUCUUUUUUUGAAAAUAUCUUAAUGAACUUUAAAAAAAAUAUAAUUAACCAUUACAUUAUUAUGUGUAUGAUUGAUUAAAGGUGAAGAUUUUAAAUAAAAUUGCAUGGACUUUAUGUGUCCUUCAGGUUGCUUGGAUCAUUUUGUACUCGGCGUUACAUUCUGAGACUGGGUCAUAGCCAAUAUGUGAGGCAGCAAUCUAACUACAGGCAGUCUCUGUGACAUUUACUCAAGAGAUUCUCAUACAAGGGUUUUUGCAGAUAGAGAUUCACUUAUUUGAACUGUUAAUUUUUGUUAAAAAUUCAAAAGAAAAUGGCAAAUAAUACUUUUUUUUUCCAACUAAUUCAAACUCUUUAAAAAAAUACAAUUAAUAUGUUCUAUAAUUGAUAGUCAUAGUGGCAUGAAAAAUAGUAACAAUAGUUACAUUAUUAUUUCAUUCAAAACGUUUAAAGGACUGAAAAAAAAAUUAAAACUAUUUAGCGAGUUGAAUGCAUGAUUUUUCCUUACUCUGAAAAUUAGAAAAUAAAUUAAAAUAUUAGUUGUUGGAGCCACUUAAUAAAUUAACCAGCACAGUCAAAGGAAUUUCAUUUGUAUAAUUUAUGCAUAUGUUCCUUUUGUGACUUUUCAGUUUGAUUGGAGAUUAGUUCCAAGUGUUACACACAGAGCAAUAGCACUUUGGUUGAUUUUAUUUAUUUUGUAAUUGGUUUGUAAUAUUGUUGUUUAUUUAUUUUUUAAAAGUUUUGUCAAAAAUGCUUUUUUUUUUACAACAAAAUUAUAGUUAAAUGUACAUUUUUUAUUUUAGAGUGUACUAAAAUGCAGUGAUCAUUUCUAUAUCUAACCAUUUUGACUCUUGGAGCAUAUGUAAUCAAAAUUAGUAGAUUUUACUUAAUAUUGGGUAGACCAUUGAUUUAUCAUGUUGUAUCAAACUAAAUGCUUGCUUAUGACAUUUUAAAACAAUUUUCAGAUAAUUUCUGGUUUAAAAUUCUAGUCUAUCCUUACCAGCUUUUCAGUAUAUGCCCUAACAAAAGCCUUGGCCGAUUGCAUCAUUAUAUUGCCUUGCCCCUUUAAGAGCAAUUGAUUGUGUGACAUGCCCAUUUUUUAAAUACACAUCUUAGUCUAGUCUGCUGCUGUAUGUUUAUCAUUUUAUUUAACUUUUCAAUUUGAAUAAAUUGGAUUAAUAAACUUAUGGAGGUACAUUAGCUACUUACUUCGUUCAAGGUACAAUUUUACACAAACAUAAGACUACUAGGAAUGGUAAAAUAGAAUAAAGUAAAACUUUUGUACAAUAGUAAUCUUUGCCAACAUACCCUUUGAUAAUAAAUUGUUAGACUAAUGUGUUUCAUAACUUUUAUUUUAUGUAGGUUACAUCAUGACUGUUUACUGCAUUUAAAUCUUUGGCUAGACUGAUAUGUUUGUGUAUAUGAGUUGUGAAGAUUAAAUAAAUGGAACAUUAUUUAUACAAAUUACAUAGCAUCCUGGCCUAAAUUUGUCUAGUUUAAACUAGUUUUAUUAUUUUAUUUUGUUUGUCAAUCCUUGUAUGUGUGUUACAGAAAUUAAUCUGCAGGAACUAAACAAAAAGUAAGAUCUUUAAGCAAAUUGUAAUCUUUAUUGAUAAAAUAUGUUGUUAAAUAAAAUUUGUAAAAGAAGGAUUUUUUUUCAAGAAAACAC